CAAGGCGGGAAGGAAGGGCGGGCAAGUCCUCUAGGCGGGCUCCAGGGGAUUGCAUUCCCAGCCCGGGCCGCGGGGGCGGGAGCCCAGCGGCGGGCGCUGCCCCAGGGCCGGAUUCCCGCGCGGGGCAGGGCGGGGCGGCGGCGGGACGGCCCCGCCCCUGGCUCCGCCCUCGCCCGGUGCCCGCACACCUGGCUCUCAGGUAGCCGGCGCCCCACGCCUCUCAGAGGCGGUGAGGGUCGGGGAGUUGCCGGUCCGCUUCGGACCCCGGGAGCUGUGCUCCCGGACCACCGUGCUCGGCCAGCAUGGAUCCCGGAGUCGGGGACGCACUGGGAGAGGGGCCGCCCGCGCCCCGGCCCCGUCGCCGGCGUUCCCUGCGCCGCCUGCUCAGCCGCUUCCUGCUAGCUCUGGGCAGCCACUCCCGCUCAGGGGACUCGCCACCCCGGUCCCGGCCCCCGGCCCAGUCCGGCCCCUACGAAGGCGAUGGAGACGGGGGCUUCGCCUGCGCCCCGGCACCGGCACCGGCCGCUCCCGGGAGCCCAGGGCCGGAUCGUCCUGCGGGACCCCAGCCCCAGCUGUCUGCGGGCGACGGGGCGCGGCCGCCCGGCGCGCAGGGCUUGAAGAACCACGGCAACACCUGUUUCAUGAACGCCGUGGUGCAGUGUCUCAGCAACACGGACCUGCUGGCCGAGUUCCUAGCUCUGGGGCGCUACCGGGCGGCGCCGGGCCGCGCCGAGGUCACCGAGCAGCUGGCGGCGCUGGUGCGCGCGCUCUGGACGCGCGAAUACACGCCCCAACUUUCCGCUGAGUUCAAGAAUGCCGUUUCCAAGUAUGGCUCUCAGUUCCAAGGCAAUUCCCAGCACGAUGCCCUGGAGUUCCUGCUCUGGCUGCUGGACCGUGUCCAUGAGGACUUGGAGGGCUCGGCUCACGGACUGGCGUCUGAGCAGCUGCCCCCAGACACCAGCAAGGCCUCGGAGGACCUCCGGCCAUCUGCAGCUCCUCUCCCCCUAGGCCCCAGCUUUGUGCAGAGCCACUUUCAAGCACAGUACAGAUCUUCCUUGACUUGUCCUCACUGCCUGAAGCAAAGCAACACCUUCGAUCCUUUCCUGUGUGUGUCCCUUCCCAUCCCCUUGCGCCAGACGAGAUUCUUGAGUGUCACUUUGGUCUUCCCCUCCAAGAGCCAGCGGUUUCUGCGGGUUGGCCUGGCUGUGCCAAUCCUCAGCACUGUGGCGGCCUUGAGGAAGAUGGUUGCUGAAGAAGGAGGCGUCCCUGCAGAGGAGGUGAUCUUGGUUGAACUGUAUCCCAAUGGAUUCCAGCGGUCAUUCUUUGAUGAAGAGGAUCUGAAUACCAUUGCGGAGGGUGAUAAUGUGUAUGCUUUCCAAGUCCCUGCCUUACCCUGUCCAGGGACACUCUCAGCUCAUCCAUCUGGUCUGUCAGUGUCACCGCGCUUGGCAGUCCGUGAUAGCCAGCGGUUCUCGAAGCCUCUCCACAGUGAGAGGGUGCUCAUCCUCUUCUGUAACCUGGUAGGGUCAGGGCAGCAGGCAAGCAGGUUUGGGCCACCGUUCCUGAUACGGGAAGACAGAACCAUAUCCUGGGCCCAGCUACAACAGUGUAUUCUCAGCAAGGUUCGGUGCCUCAUGAGGAGUGAAGUCCCUGCACAGGACCUGGGGACUCUGUUCUCCAUCCGGGUUGUGGGGCUCUCCUUGGCCUGCAGCUACUUAUCUCCACAGGACAGCCGGCCCCUCUGUCACUGGGCAGUUGACAGGGCUUUGCACCUCAGGAAGCCAGGAGGCCCUCCUCAUGUCAAGCUGGCCGUGGAGUGGGAUAGCUCUGUCAUGGAGCGCCUGUUUGGCAGUCUCCAGGAGGAGCGGGUCCAGGAUGCAGAGAGUGUGUGGCGGCAGCAGCAGGCACAUCAGCAGCCCAGCUGUACCCUGGAUGAAUGUUUUCAGUCCUAUACCAAGGAGGAGCAGCUAGCCCAGGACGAUGCAUGGAAGUGCCCCCACUGCCAGGUCCUCCAGCAGGGUGUGGUAAAGCUGAGCCUGUGGACCCUGCCUGACAUCCUGAUCAUCCACCUGAAGCGGUUCUGUCAGGUCGGGGAGAGAAGGAACAAGCUCUCCACGCUGGUGAAGUUCCCACUGUCUGGGCUCAACAUGGCUCCCCAUGUCGCACGAAGGAGCACCAACUCUAAGGCAGGGACUGGAACCUGGUCCUCCUGGAAGGAGCCAAUCUGCCUCCCUACCACCUACCCCAUGGACUUCCUCUACGACUUGUAUGCUGUCUGCAACCACCAUGGCAGUCUGCAAGCCUAUUGCCGGAACUCCCUGGACGGCCAGUGGUACAGCUACGACGACAGCACGGUGGAGCCCCUGCAAGAGGAUGAGGUCAACAGCAGGGGCGCUUACAUCCUGUUCUAUCAAAAGCGGAACAGCAUCCCUCCGUGGUCAGCCAGCAGCUCCAUGAGAGGCUCCACCAGCUCCUCUUUGUCUGACCAUUGGCUCAUGAGGCUCGGGAGCUACAACAACAGCACAAGAGGAAGCCUGCUGUCCUGGAGCUCAGCCCCCUGUCCCUCCGUGGCCCGGGUCCUUGACUCUCCUGUCUUCACCAAUGGUGUCUGCCUCCAGGACAAGGGAGGGGUUGAAUCCAAGCCUUUGGUUCGGAGUGUCGGUGGCCGAAGUAUUAACAUAAAGACACCGCCUGCUUCCCGAUCCAGGCAUGGGCCCUUCAAGACCAUGCCCCUGAGAUGGUCCUUUGGACACAGGGAGAAACGGCCUGGGGCAUCUGUUGAGCUGGUGGAGUACCUCGAGUCCAGACGAAGACCCCGUUCCACCAGCCAGUCCAUUGUGCCGCUGUUGACACGUGCUGCUGGCGGGGAUGAGAAGUCAGCUUCGCCUAUGCCAGAUGGCACCCUUCCUGUUAAAAGUGAAGACAGUGGUCGAGAUAUCAGUCAAGGAGCAACCGGGGUGCCCCUUUCCUCGUGCCACCUCAACCACCAUCCAGCCCUGGGAUCCUUAGAUGAUGGUCUGAACACAGUCAGGACACGAACAGGAAAUGCAAAUCAGGAUAUCAAACUCCCCAAAAAGUUUGACCUGCCCCUCACUGUGAUGUCCUCAGUGGGGGACGAAAAACAAGCCCGCCGCCCUGAGGGCCAGAAGAUGACAACCUGGAAGGGAAGUGGUCAGGUGGGCAGCCAGAGUAGUCCACCUUCCCCCUCCACUGGGUUGCUCAGAAACUUUAAGGACAGCGGCACAGGUACCUUACCCAAGAUGAAGGCUAGGGCUGCUGUGGAGGAAAGGGCCCCUGACAAAGACAAGGGACAGGGGACGUUCACUCUUCUCAAGUCUGUGUUUUGGAAGAAAGAACACAAGAAGGCUGUCAGGGCUGAGAGCUCCCCAACAGCACCCCCAGUCUCCCUGGUGAGUGACAGGCUGAGCCCUGCCAUGAACGAGCAAGCUCGAGGCUCAUCCCCUGCCCUCAGGAUUCGAGAGAGCCCAGCCCGGGGCGUGGGCUACCACAUGGAGAGGGACAUCAGAUCUGCACCCAGUUCUCUUCACCUCCCCCGCAAAGCCAGCAGGCCCCCUAAAGCCAGUACGGCUGGCACCUCACAAAGGACCAUUCCUGGGGAACAGAAUUCUUACGGCACCUUGCAGAGGGUGAAAUACCACACUCUUUCCUUAGGUCGGAAGAAGUCCUUACCCGAGUCCAGCUUCUGACGGAACAUUUCAGUACUGUGUGAAGAUGGCAUUCCCAGGCUGUGCCCUGGGAAUCUGCAGGAAGCCUGUGUCCAUAGUGCAUUUUCUAGAAUCCAGUUGACUUGUGAUGUCUAAAAGAAAAAAAAAAGUUUGGUCUCUUUAACUGGACUUCCAGCCCCUCGUGUCCCAAUAACCCAGUGUCAAAUUGGUUGGGUUCCCCUUGUUGGAUUUUGGUCAGCCUGGCCAGUAGACAGUGCUGCUGAGCUCAAAUUAGCACGACAAGCUAAAACCGGUAUUUGGUAUAUGUAAGUGGAGGGCAAGCAUAGCUGUACUAAAAAGACUUUGUGGUGUCAUGUUGAACAUCACCAGCUGGCUGGCUCCUAACUUUAUGUCCCACUCCCACCUUCCUCCUUCCCCUCCUCCUCCCUCCCUCCUUCCCAUCUUUCCCCCCUUCCUUUACUUUCUUUUUUUAAAUAAAGGGCUUGUAAGGAACAUCUUUUCCUUUCAUGCUUAUCUUGGAUAAGUGUCAAAGAUGCCAAGAAAUGAAAAGAAUAAGAAUGGCAGUGGAGGUAAGAGCCUAUGAGAGGCGGGAGAGAGAUGAUUGAUAUUUUAGGAGAGUAUUUAAUAUAUGGCAAGAUAAUUGUAUUACAGCUUUUCAAGGUAUUUUAAAGAGAUAACUAUUUUGAUACCAGAAUAAAAAGUUUUUUUUUAAAAAAAAAAUGUGAGAGAUCUAUGCACAAUUUGAAUAAAAUUGUGUCUGUGACACCUGUGGUCGGCUGCUUGACUUACUGAAGUGUGAGAAGUGACUCACUUCAUGCCUGUGUAGUCACAGCUUGUUGCUAUCAGGAAGUAAUUGCCUGUGUUCGUUCUGAA